CUGCGUAUAGCAGUCGGGCGAUGCGGUAUCACUUCAAAAUGAACCACACGACAGAAAAGUUUCUGUGGAUGGGCUGCAGAACUACUCAUAUCUAUGCAUUACGUUUCAAAGCGGAGCCUUAACAUGCCAGUCCGCGGAUAUCACCGACACUCUCUCACACGCGCACUCUCCCGAAGUUUCUAGGCGAAAUACAGUAUAGGUCGAUGGUAUCAUGUCUAUAGACCAGUAGGCUACGGGUGGGUGGGUGGGCGGUGCGCGAAUAAUCGGCCGCCAACCGCCGUGAUAAUCGUUCAAACCACAACCCAAAGAAGGAAGCAGAUGCUUCGGCACUAUGUCAAUAAUCUGUCAAAUUACGGGCUGCGGAAGAACGUCAGCACCUCGCGCUCGAUCUCGCGGUGUGACCUUCAUGCCACGUUUAAGUUGUGACAACGAAUUUCUGACUUCAUAGCAUUGUCGACUUCAAAGUCGAUUACUAUCCUGCAGAGCCACUGGAGCAGCGGCUUAAGCUAGCGCUCCGGUGCGAUAUUACUGUCACUUCGCGGCAAAGUUCCUUGCCGGCGUCGCCUUGCCACUGCGUAUGUGCAUUUGGAGCUUUUGAGGGACCAGUUGAACCACAUCUCAGGCCGGUUCGUGCACGAGUGACGACAUGGGGGCGCGCAAGUCGCGCUGUUGGGCCAUGCUGGCGCCUACAUUACUGGCGCUCCUGAUGCUGAUGAGCAGGAGCGCGGCUGCCAUUCAAGAGGACGUAGCUAUGGACAUGAAUGCUGCCGCUGCAUCCGGCCUCCUGGCUCAGGAUCUUGAACUAGCUAAGACUGCAACGGACCUGGUAGCUACACGCCGGAGUGCUCAGGACCUGACCCAGGUCGUGAGCGCCAUCAAGGCCGUUAUCACAUCUGUGCCAUCGGUGCUGUCCAAGUCGCCCGGCCUGCCCUCCUCCUUCUCGGCGGACUUCGGUCUGUUCAUGAACGCGGCGGGCACCGAUGGCAAGUUCUUUAUCACCGCCGCCACCUCGACUGGCGUCUGGAAGAACGACAUCAUUGCCGCCAUUGGGCAACUCGUGCCCUGGCUGGACAUCAUGGACAACGCGCCCGCUGCCGAUGAGCCCGGCUGGCUAUUCCGUGCAACCAUCGCCGUGACCGACACGUCGAUGGGCAUGCGCCUGGCCACCACCGCCCCGCUCACCAUCGCCGGCGCCAUUUCCGACAAGCUUGGCCUGAACGGCCUGGGCAUCGACCCCCAGGAGGAGUCUGGAAACGCGCUGACCUCGGCCUCGAUUGAGAUUGUGGUGGCUCGCGGCACCGGCAAGAUCCAGAAGUUCGCAUUCGCCAUGGGCGGCGGCAGCUUCUCAAUCGCCAGCCUGGCGGCCAAGCUGGGCCUGAGCGUGUCGGGCGCGGCCACCGGCAUCACGCUGAGCAACCCCAGCCUCUCCAUUGAGGUGCCCGACGACGCCACCGAGCCGACCAAUGUUGAGGUCGCGCUCACGGUCAGCGGCAUCCCCUUCCUGCCUGGCUCCACCUUUGAUGCCGUGCUGGUGGUGCAGGGCUCCACCUCCAUCUCCAUCGACAUCACUGGCGAUGUGGUCCUGUUUGACGGCACCUGCACGGCCAACGCCUUCAACCUGGCCGUGGGCAGCGCCGCCCGGACCCUGUCGGCCUCGCUCACCAUCUCCUGCCCCGACGCCUUCAUCAACGGCGCGACGGCCUCUCUGACCUAUGACAACGGCGCCAUCAGCGUCGUGGCCGACAGCAUCUUUUCCUACCUGGACGGGGCCCUGACAAUUAACAGGAUCACUUUCAGCAGCGGCCGCAACGCCACGUACAUUGCUGCGUCUGCCAGCGGCGGCAUUGCCAACUACGUCGCGACCGUGGCUUUCAACGUUUCGCGCAUCCCGGUCAACGGCAAGCGCCCUUUGUCGCUGUCGCUGUCGCUGCCUGAGGCGAACGUGGGAGCCGUGGUGCGCGCGAUCGGCCCCACGGCUGAUGACCUGCUCCCGGACUUCGUGAAGAACGUCAACCUGCCCAGUCUGUCGCUCUCGACGUGGGACAAGGUCACCGGCACCGGCAACCGCACCAACCUCACCAGCCUGUACCGCGUCACCGUUGGGCCGCAGUCAAGCACUGGCAUCUACGCCGACUUUGUCCUGGACAAGCUGGGAAUCCUGAUUGCCAACGUGACCAUGACCAAGUCCCUGGACCUGGGGGCGGCCGUGACCGCCGCUCUGCCGGGCGUGACCCUGCCCUUCGAUGUGUCGGGCAUCAUCAUCAUCAAGGAGCCCUUCAUCAGCGUGGUCGGUGCUCGCGCGCCCAGCCGUGGCGUUGUGCCGGCAGGCACCAAGCUGGGCACCGUCAUGGGCUUCGGCCUGCAGGUGCCCGCCCUGCUGGGUGACUCCAUGGUGUACGCCAACAUGAUGCUGAUGGACGCCAACAAGACCCGCGUGGGAAUCUUCGAGAUUGGGUGGGUUGGCGACUUCACGCCGGUGCAGUACGUGACCCUGCGCGGCGCGCUGCUGCGCAUCCAGUCCGGCAGUGGCGUGAUCGCCAUUGCCAACGGAACACUGGUCACCGUGGACGUGGCGGUGGUGCUGCAGAUCAGCCCCAACAAGCAAUUCAACCUGACCGCCGAGGCGCGCAACGUGCAGGUUGCACAGGUUCUCAAAACCCUGUUCCCCUCCACCCCCGACCUGAUCGUCAAGGUUCUGGACCCGGUCCGUUUCUCCUACAUCGCCAUCGGUUACGACUCGGUUAAGAAGUUCACCUGCGAGGCCAGCCCCGAUCUGACGGGCGUGCCAGGCCUGCGCGAGCUCAUCCAGUUCUUGGGCUUCAAGCAGGAGGACAUCAAGAUUCGGCCCAAGCUGAACGAGCUGGCGAUUGAGAUCGCCAUCAUAAAGACAUGGGAGCUCAACCUGGGCAGCCCAUUCGUGGGCAAGUCGCUCCUGUCGUUCGCGCUGGCCUUGUCCCAGUCCGGUGCCAACACCCAGUUUGCAGCCUCGGCGGACUUCAGUGCACAGCUUCAACUCAGCUUCCUGGAGCCAGAGGUCAUCUGGUUCAGCCUAGGCGCCACGGUUGCGUACGACAGUUUGGCACCGCCGCCCAGUGUGUCGUUCUCCAUCCGUGCCGCGGUUGCUGCGACUGGUAACCCUUUUUACAUUAAGGGCUUCAGCUGGAUAAAGAUUGCGUAUCUGGGCGGCGAGAUCGGCCUGACGCCCAUGACCGUGUUCCCCUUCGUGUCGCUGUACAAGAUCAACUUUAACGCGAAGGGCAUUGUGCUCUCCACCAAUGUGGAGGUGGCGGUGCUGUGGGACCAGCCCAAGGCGGACUUUGGCAUUCUGUUCGCAAUAUCCAACUUCGAUUUGCAGGGCAUGCUCAAUGAGAUGGGCAUCCGCGCUUCGCUCGGCCCGUUCAACAUCCAAAUCAGCUCCGCAAAGUUCUCCUUCGCCAGGCAGACCAUCGCCCUGCCGUCCGGCACCGUCAUCCCGCAAGGCCUGAAGCUGUCUGCGAACAUGACCUUCCUGUCCAUCUUCGUGAACUUCGAUGUCUCAGUGGACACCACCGGUUUCGAGCUGCAGCUCGAAGUCAGGGACGUGCUGAAAACGCCCAUCUUUGACGCCAUCUUCACCGGAGCGCAAGCCGUGCUUGACGCGCUGAAGAUCAAUAUCAAGCUGCGCGAACAAAUCCGCAUUGAUCUCAUUCGUGUGGGUCUGGUCCUCAAGACAACUCGCGUCGCGUUCCGCUUCGGUGUGAAGGCCUAUAUAUUCGGAGUGACCAUUGAUUUUGACAUCAACCUGGACACUGCCGCCGCGCCUUGGGACGUGGUGGUCAAGACCUUGCAGGACAAGUUCAUUGAGCCCAUCACAGCUGCUUGCACCAAGGACUCUUACGUUCGCGGCUCCGGCUUUGUGGACCGCUGCCCCGCCGGCCGCGAGCGCCAAGGCGACUUCUGCUACAACAACUGCCCCACCGACUGGCAGUACGGUGCCACUGGCAAGCUCAACAUCUGCUACCAGAACUGCCCUCCCGGCUACCGCGACGACGGCGUGGGCGGCACCGGCCUCACCUGCUCCCAGGUUGCCUGCAACGCCGACCAGAUCUGGGACGGCGCGCUGCUGUGCUGGAACGGUUGCGCUGGAGGCUACUCCUACAAGGCCACCCGCUGCUACAAGAACUGCCCGUCCGGCUGGGGCGACGACGCCGUGGGCCUCAGCUGCGUGCGCAACAGCUGCGAUGGCGGGGACGAGGACAACGGCGCGGGCCUGUGCUACCCGCAGUGCCGCUCCGGCUACACCUCCAACAAGCUCACCAUGUGCAUCCAAUCCAGCUGCCCUUCUGGCUACCGUAAUGACCCCCUGUCGUGCUGGCGCGAUGUGGACAUCUACGGCAAGGGCUGCUGCUGCGUCUAUUUCUUUGGCUGGCGCUGCUGCGGCUGCAAUGGCGGCUACACCGAUGACGGCUGCACGUGCCGCCGCAACGCUGACCUCAUCUGGAAGAGCACCUACGACCGCGGCGUGGGUUACCCCAAAUACCGCACCUACAUCAAGGACAGCUACCUCAACUCCGCCGUCAGUGCCGUGCGCUCCUUCUCCAAGAGGACCCAGUGGCGCGAUGCCUACCCGAUGGUGUGCGCUCCCGACAAGGAUUAUGACGGUGCUGCGCUGUGCUACGACAAGUGCCAGGCCGGCUACACCGGUGCCGCGUUCGUGUGCUGGCAGAACUGCCCAUCCAACAAGGGCCUCAUCGACUGCGGCACCUACUGCGCGCCGGCGGCCGCUGGCUCGUGCGCCAACUUCAUUGGCGCGACCUACCAGAACUGCAAGAACAAGUACCCGACUCGCCGCAUGGUCCUGGACAUGAUGCUCUCUGGCAACUACACAUAUGAGCAGAUGCAGGCGGCUGCCGAUGGUGAUACCACCGUCUUCAAAGGCUCCGCCUGGGACCCCAAGUCCGUGGAGAUCAUCCACCACACCAGCCACUCCGGCCGCGACGCAGCGUCGCACGCUGGCCUGCUGCACCCCGAAACUACGCGCGUUCCCAAGACCACCAUUAAGGUGGACGCAGCGGAGGCUGUGGUGGUGGAGGAGAAGACGCAGGAGGAGGAGUGGGAGGAGGUUGAGGUUGACCACCCGCACUACGCCGGCACCACGUCUGCCGACUCAUGGCAGCACGUGCGCAUCAUGCACGAGCGGCUGAACAACAUUGACACCAUGUUCAACGACGGCAGCAGCAGCGAGGGCGGUGACACGGGCGUGCACGUCGUGCGCAUGCUGCAGAGCGGUGCCAGCCCGCCGCCGCCCGGCGCCGGCUGCAAGCCGGCCGCCACUACGCCCCAGUGCUGGUGCGUGGGCAAGGCGUACGGCAUCUACGCCGACCCGGCCGGCAGGAAGAGCCGUUACCUCAUCUGCGCCGGCGACUCUGGCCUUCUGCAGACCUGCCCCGGCACCGACGUCUUCAGUCCCAGUCUCAAGCUGUGUGUCUCUCCUAGCGAAGCCGCAGCGCCGUCGCCUCCGCCUGCCGACCCCAACCAGAAGCCGCCGCUCCCGGCCAAGAACUGCACGGGCCGUGACGAUGGCAUCUACUUCCAGGACUCGCGCGACAACACCACCGCCUACAAGUGCGACAGCGGCCAGCUCAUCCUGGACUUCUGCCCCGACGACUAUGUUACCGAUGAAACCACCGGCGAUUGCAAGAUCCCCGAUUACAAGCCCCCCGGCCAGCUGGCACCUUGCCAAGACCCCGACUGCUUCUGUUCCGACAAGAAGAAGGGCAACUAUACGGAUGUCCUCAGGGGCAACAUCAAGCGCUACAUCAACUGCCGCGGCAACAAGGGCCGCUGGCGCAAGUGCGGCAAGGACAGUGUCUUCGACAGCAAGACGCUGCAGUGCGGUUUCAUGCCGCCCAACGCCACCAUGCCCAUCAAGGACUGCAAGGACGUGGAUUGCUUCUGCGUGGGCCGCGCCGAUGGUGUGUACGUCAACCCCUGGAGCAACCAGACCGGCAUCAAUUGCGGUUUCCAAAUGCCAGCAAUCAUUCCUUGCUCGGACGGCUACGACUUCGUCAUUACCAAGCAGCCGUACUGCCAGCCCAAGGACGUUGAGAACCCACUCAACCUGCCGCCGCUGCCUCCGAGCUCGAACGACACGACUUCCAGCACGGCACCAUCGGCGGGAGGCUAUCGCCGUAACCGCCGUCGCGGCGGCUAAGCGAGCGAGUCACCGGCACUGAGGCGUUCGUUGUCAGUUGUCGAUACGCACUCAGAAAUACUGUCACGUUGACACUAUUACGGGUAUUCUUUCUUUUACAGAGUCUGCCUCUUGUAUAUAUUCUGGGUGUGUUGAGUUCCGGAGCAGUCCUAUGCUCUGCCCCCACAGACCGUAGCACGUGUUUUACGGUGUGAAGGGGAGGUGUUAGUGGGCAAGCACUCUAGAGGCGCUAGAAGCCCAGGUGCUGCUGCACCGUUGAAAUAUUGAAUGUCGUAGUCAGACGAUGCACCAAGCGUUGUACAUGCUUGCUGUCGUGAUUGCUUGCUCUGGUGGAAGGUCCAUGUUCAGGUGUUUUGGCGCUCUUUGGGGGACUGUAGCUUUAACUUGGGGGGGCUUCUCAAGUGAAACGCACCAUUCCAAGAGUGCGUUAAGAUAACGCCCCUGUGCUGCCAGAGGAUGGAGUCUUUGCCCACUGGCUCGGCUUCCUAGUUCCUGCCAUUGAUGCCGUGCGCGCCGAACAGGCCCAACGCCAUGACACGCACAGCACACACACGUGCGCAUACAGUGAUCACUGGUGACGUGUUCGCUUGCGUACGGUAUGCUGCACGCAAUGCUACUUGAAGUUCCCUUGGAAAUCUAGAAGCGGAUGUGCAUAAAUUACCCUUUCAUCUCAUGCAAAGCGAGUGCUGCGAGCUGCAUGAGUGCGUCAUCAGUUGGUGCAUUCCAGGGGCAUGCACGCCUUUUGGGCUCGAAUGACUGUUGGUUGGUGAUUGCAGCACUUGCCGGAGAAGUGGCAUUCCAACACUAUGGGACGUGCCACUUGUCCCCAGAAGCGUUGGAACAGGGUUACCGUAUCCACUAGUACAUAUUGUGUAUCAGUAGCGCGGCCGUACGUGGAGGGUUGCGAGUCCGAGCAGUGUCGGGACACCUGCGAACUGCGAAGAGCGCGCCGUUUCGUUUGGCAUCAUGUUCAGUGGUCGCCUUUGUGAAGAAGUGUGCCAGUGGUGUGUGCGUCUUGGUCUCGCAGCUCACUGGUUCCGUUUAGUACACAUUUAUGUUGAUGCAACCUGCAGCCAGUAAGCACGCACAUGUUUCGUCAUGCUCAUACCGUACUUCCUUUUAUGGCAUGAUGCAGCAUCCCGGGGUUUCGAGGAGACGGCAUAUGGGCUGGCUGCUUGGUAACACACAGUACAGAUAAUAGUAGCUUGAUACAUGUGUCUGUGUGAAGUCCAUGCAUGGGGGCAUGUGAACGAUACGGUCCGUACAUGGCCAACACCUUCGGCGAAUUCAGUCAUUCCGCUUGUAAUACAGCAGUUGU